AUUCUAUCUUGAAAAAACGAAGCCUCAUUUCCCAGAGCCUUGCCGCCACCCAUAUUCUUGGCGGCAAGGCUGCGCUAGUUAUCUUAUGGCAAGGCUUGAUAUUUUCCAUGAAAAUCGUCUCUGUAGGCAUUUCGAAGAAACUUCAGUAGCGCAACGAGGAGACAACCGCAAUCAUGUCGGAACACGACGUUCAAAUGGCAGACGAGGAGUUUGACCCUGGCGAGGAAAUAUUGUUGGGUGGUGCCAGAAAAUUGGUUAUGCUUCCUGGUCAUUCUUCACACGCAGCAUCAUUCCAGAUCGAGAAGGAAGAUCACACCCUGGGGAAUGCUUUACGGUAUUUUGUAAACAAAAACCCGGACGUGGAAUUCUGCGGAUAUACCAUUCCACAUCCCUCGGAGACUAAAAUGAACAUUCGCAUUCAGACGUGGGAAGAUACCAAGACCACUGCGGCCGAUGCCCUACGGAAAGGGCUCGAGGAUAUGAUGGAGGCCUGCGAUGUGAUUUCGGCCAAGUUCACCGAAGCAAGGGACCAGUUUGACGCAGCGCAAUCGUAACAGUUCAUCGAAUUUUCAUGUUGCAUU